AUGUGGAAAGACUCGGCGGACGAAGUCGCGGCGGGGGACGCAGCGCUGAAGCUACCACGAGGCAAUCGACGCUACGUAACGGCUCUUCUGUGUCUCUGCGUCUCGACCAUUUGCUACGCUGACCGCACCAACAUGGGGAUCGCGUUGCCGGCGCUCGUGGUCGAUAAGAAGGAGCAGGGUGAAGUGCUGUCGGCGUUUUUCUAUGGCUACAUGUGCACUCAAAUCCUUGGGGGGUAUUUUGCUGCGAGAUGUGGCGCCAAGAUUGUUUUGAUCACUGGUGUUGUCGUCUGGACGCUGUUCGAUCUGUCGACAGUGGUCGUGGCAAAAUGCCUCACGUGUCUGUUUUUCACGAGAGCAGGGAUGGGACUUGGAGAAGGCAUCUUGUUCCCUUGUAUGCACCAAAUUGCAAGUGCAUGGUACCCAAUUCAGGAAAGAAGUCGUCUCGUGACACUAGUUGCAAGCGGCUCCGAUCUGGGCACCAUCUCGGCACUGGUCAUAUCACCUGCUAUAAUGGCAGCCAGUGGUUGGCAGCGCAUUUUUGUCACUUUCGGUGUGUUCAGCUUUAUCUGGGUCGUGGUAUAUGUGUCUGAGGGAGCAAGCCGCCCAGAAGAUGAUCCACGCAUCACCGUGGAAGAACGCACGUUCAUCCUGCGCAACCGCAUCGUCAACCAUGACACCACGCACCAACGUCGCGUCGAGCUAGACACCCAUGCGUUAAACUGGCGUGUGCUACUAACGUCACAACCUGCGUGGGCAAUCUAUGUUGCGCACAUGUGCUACAACUACAGUUGGUAUAUCUUGCUGGGCUGGAUCCCACAGUACUUCAGCCAAGUGCUGAACCUUGAUCUGACCAAGAAAGGCGGAUUUGCCGCGGCGCUGCCCUACAUGUGCGGCUACGUGGGGACUCUACUAUUCGGACGACUAGGAGAUGUGUUAGUCACUCGCGGCUAUCGUGCACUGCAUGUACGCCAAGGUAUGAAUGCUUUUUCGUUCCUCGGAUGCGCUUUCUUUCUCUUCCUGCUGCGCUUUGCGAACUCAGCUCCCGCAGCAGUUGCCUUGCUGUGUAUGACGCUGUUUACCGGUCGAGCCGCUAUGGCUGGAUACUGGGUCAACAUGAUCGAUGUGGCGCCAAACCAUGCCGCGCAUAUUAUGGGCGUCUCCAAUACCUUCGGAACUAUCCCCGGCAUCAUCGGCAAUAUGGUCACAGGCGCAAUUCUGCAAGCUACGGGUUCAUGGGACCUCGUGUUUGCAGUUGCUGCUCUUGUUCUCGUUUUCGGCGCCAUGUUUUUCCAUUGCUGCGCCUCCGAUGAAUCUAUUUACGCGCAGCCCCGCUGCGAGGAAGGGUACAACGGUAGCAGCACAACAUCAAGUAGCUUUCGUGGUAGUCCCAGUUUCAGUCUGUCUCGUUUGUCGAUCCCUGACGAAGAGGAGAGCUUGCUCGAAACCCACAUAUGA